UAAUUAAACAAGCUUCUCUCUUGUGCAUGUGCAUCAAAUUUCAAACAACCCCAUAACUUGGACAUCGAAAUUUCAUGCUGUUUGUACGAAACAACCUAGGAUGUCAACCCAGAAUUCUCAUGUCUAUCACGAAAGGCAAAGGUUACAGUUCUGUCUCUUGCACUCUCUCAACUCCCUCUUUCAGCAAAAGGAUGCUUUUACUCGAGCAAGCUUGAAUUCAAUUUCUGAAAAGCUUGCACUUGAUGACUCCAACAGUGAAACCUGGACUCCUCUAUCUAUCCUUUUCAAGCCCCAUCAUAAUUUCUUGACUGGAAACUAUGAUAUAAAUGUUCUAAUUGCGGCUUUGGAAGAGAAAGGAAAGAGUGUAGUUUGGCAUGAUCGUCGAAAUGGAGCUUCCUCCAUUGAUCUUGACGCACAUGAAGAUGUGUUCAUGGGGAUUGUGAUCAAUGUCCCAGUGACAAGGUUUGCGGGGAUUUGGAGAGGUAGACACUGGAUUACAUUGAGGAAGGUUGAUGGGGUUUGGUAUAACUUGGACAGUGACCUUGCUGCACCUCAACCUUUCCAAGGUUCAGACAAAGUACGGGAGUUCUUGGAUUUCACCAUUGCUCAUGGUGGGGAGGUUUUGCUUGUCAUGAAUGAGAAACAAACUUGAAUUUUUUUCAGUAUAUGUUUGUUUAUUUUUAUCUUCCGAAUAUUUGGGUCAAAUUUUGUGCAUGUCCAUGUAUAGUACAAAACUGAUAGCAAUUCAAUGGAGAAUGUGGCUAAAAUUCAUCCUUGGGUCUCAGAUUACUCUUCGUGACUUUGUUUUGUGAAUAACGGUAAAACAAUUGCUUCUGGAGGAUGUUCCUAUUAAGAAAUAGUGAGUCUUGUCUGUAAUGCACUUAUGAAAUGCAAGCUUCUUUGUGUGUCUUGGAUCUGUACUACACCUUUGAACCAUUAACUACUGUGUGCCUGAAAUUUGAUUCUGAAUG